CGAUGCUCGACAGUGGACCUCAAAACAGAGUGGCAGUUGGCUAUGUGGCUAGCUAGAGCAUGUAUUUGAUUCAAAUAUGGAAAAGAAGAGGUUUAAUAUCAACCUAGACGACUCUGCCUUCACAAAAGAAAGAGCCCCGGUGAAACCCCUGUUCCAGCCUUCCUCUAAGGCAGGCCAGAGUGCAUCAUCAUCAUCAUCAUCAACCACCUCUGAGACCACAGCUCAGCCUGCACCCCCGUCUGCUGGCCAACCGCUAUCAUACGCGGAGUUCAUUGUCCAGAGCAAAGGCCAUGCUGCACCUCCGCUUCCACGGGUCCCCUCGGCUCCGCAGAGAGUGGGGCAGUCCAGGGUGGACGCUGGGACUGGGAUAGAGACCGGGACUGGCAGUUUGAAGCAGGGUCCCAGUCAAGGAGUACAAGGUGGGCCUGAUGGUACAUGGUGUGAGAGGCCUCAGGACCAGGACCAGGCCCAGGGGACAGAGUGUCCGGGUUCUGGUGGGCCACCAGGGGUUACAGAGGGAGAGGAGGGGCAGAGGGCUGGGACCGAGCAGAAGCAGGAGGAGGGUCAAAGGGCAGAGGGCAGCAACAUCCUGGGUCAUCCUAAACCAGUGGGGUCUGGUAAUAGUAUCAUAGUCAGCCCCAGACAGAGAGGAAACCCCAUUCUGAAGUUUGUGAGGAGUGUGCCUUGGGAGUUUGGAGAAGUGGUCCCUGACUAUGUCCUGGGACAGACAACCUGCGCUCUCUUCCUCAGUCUGAGGUACCACAACCUCAACCCCAGCUACAUCCACGACCGUCUCAAACUGCUGGGCCAAACCUUCACCCUCAGGGUUCUACUGGUGCUAGUUGAUGUGAAAGACCCUCACCAUUCUCUGAAAGAGCUGGCUCGUAUCUGCAUCAUGGCUGACUGCACUCUCAUCCUGGCCUGGAGUCCAGAGGAGGCGGGGCGUUACCUGGAGACGUAUAAGUCCUAUGAGAAGAAACCAGCUGAUCUGCUGAAGGAACAUGUGGAGAAAGACUACCUGUCUAAGGUGACAGACUGUCUGACCACUGUGAAGUCUGUCAACAAGACUGACUCCACCACUCUGCUGUCUACCUUUUCUUCCUUAGAGGGGAUCAUCGAUGCGUCUAAAGAAGACCUGGUUCUCUGUCCUGGACUGGGACCACAGAAGGCCAGACGCCUCUAUGACGUGCUACACCAGCCCUUCCUCAAGGCCAGGAAGAAAGACGGCUGACCCACAGACGGUCCUUACUACUGGACUGUACUGUUGACCUGCUGCUCAGCAGGGAACUGGCUUCCAUUAUGACCCAUCUCCACCCUAAGGACUGGUUCAACUGGGAACAGGACACAUUAUGACCCACCUCCACCCUUAGGACUGGUUCAACUGGGAACAGGACACAUUAUGGCCCAUCUCCACCCUAAGGACUGGUUCAACUGGGAACAGGACACAUUAUGACCCAUCUCCACCCUAAGGACUGGUUCAACUGUAAUGUAAUGUCAGUGUUUUUUUUCAGUCGAGCAGUGAAUUUCUAACACAGAUUCAACCACAAAGACC